AUGGCAUUGCGCUACUUUGCCGACGUUCAAAAUGCCAUUGACAAGAUCGAACUGCUGUUGGUUGGUGUGGAGAGCCAGCAGAGGGUGUGUUACUCCGGUCCCCCACCGGAACCUGAUCCUGAUAAUCCGGAUGACUGGAUGAAGCAAGUCAUGCAAGAGAUACGGAAGCGUUGCCCGGGAAGGAAGCAACCCACCCUAGCGGGUAGUCGUCCUACGAUUACCCAUACCUUAGCAGUGUGUUCCAGUCCGCAACCCCUUGGUAUGGAGGACGGGACAAUCCGAGAUAAUCGAAUCACUGCGUCCAGUAGUAGCGACUGUUGCGCUGCCCGUUAUGGACGCCUCAACCAUUUCAACAAAAGAUGGAUAGCCUUGAGUGACGACGCCAAUCCCUGGAUCGAGGUGGACCUCGUCCAGAGUACAGUGGUGACUGGAGUCACCACAAAAGGCAGCGGCUAUAUAUAUGUGAAGCGGUACAAGGUGGCGUAUCAGCAGCAGCCUUCUUUCGACCGUAAACACGUAACAGAUGGAAAAGGAAACAUCCAGGUGUUCAUCGGUAACACUGAUGACGACACCCCGGUCACUAACCUGUUUGAUGAGAGUGUGGAGGCCACGGUAGUGCGCAUUGAGCCUACUGAAGUGUAUGGCGGUGCUCUGCAAUUGGAGCUGCUUGGAUGUCGCCGUGAUUAA